GAUGCUGACAGUCAGUGUGGUGAGAAGGCAGCUUGUGUUGUAGGCCUGCAAAGAUGGCAGGAGGAACAGUUUCUCUCCAUCUGUGUCGAUCCAGAUUGUAAUUCUGAGAGCCAGGAAAAAAGAUGGGAUGAUUUGCUUGGAAUGGUGUGUAGGGCCUUGGGAAUAACGAUGUUGUUGGUGCUUUAACAUCGAAGACAUAGGUAUGAUCUUUUAAUGUACUGGGAAUUGAGUUUUAUGGGUGUUACUGGCUUGCUUGUGGGAUAACAGUGGCUUUAAGUGAACUGUAAGCUUGAGUUUGCUGAAGUGCCCUUCUUUAAGAGCGUAUGAUCCUGAAAUAUGUGGCCUGCAGGACAUCUCCCUUUUUCUUACGGUAGUCCUAUCAACAGCAAUAUAUAGAAUAAAAGCAUUCUGUCCACGUUUCCAGGAAAGAAAAGAAAUGGGUGCCAUACUUCAGGGAUGUUCCUUGGCCUCUGUCGUGAUUUAAUAUAUUGUGAUGAUCAGUUUGCUGUCUUCCAGUAGUCCUUGCAAGCUUCAAUUCCAAGAAACAAAGUUUCCAAGCAACCAAGCCCUGCAAACAAAAGUAUUGUAUUUGCAUCUUUGUUACCUGGGAGCGCUGCUGCCGCCCCACACGUCGCUCCAGAUGGCCUGUGGGGUAGCAGAGAUCAAGUCACAGACGUACGGAGCGGAGCUGAGGUAGCGAUGAGCGGUCGAGAGGUGGUUGCUGUGAGUGUGGGAGGUGUGAGGUUUGUAACCCGGCCCUGCACCUUGCUGCGGUUCCCCGAGUCCAGGUUAGCGCGCAUGUUGGGUGGUGACGACCCGGAGUUUAAACUGGUGAACGGAGAGUUUUUUGUGGACAGAGAUGCCGGUUUGUUCAGUUACAUCAUGGACUUCUUGAGGACUCUUCAGGUCUCUCUGCCUGCUGAUUUUUCAGACUUCCAGAGGCUGCGCAGAGAAGCGCAAUUCUAUGAGCUGUACCCUCUGGCUGAGCUCCUGGGCCAGGAGCACCUCCUGAAGCCGAGGCUGGAGAUCUUGGAGGUGCGUUUUUUCCUCCAGGAGAUGCAGGCCUUUUUCCGGAUCUUCGGUUCCUGCAGUAGCACCGUGGAGUCGCUGGCUGAGCAGAUCACUGUGCUUACGGGGCAGCUGCCAGGGCAGGGCUGGAGCAGUCCCUUGCCUUCUCAGAAACCACUAAUUCCACUUCCUUUGGAAAGGCCUUCUCAUCACGACAUGGUUUUUCAGUGUGGAACCGACUGCUCUGCUGGUGACCGGUUUGUGGCCAGGUACGUUUCCAUAAAACCUGACAACAGAAUGCUGAUAAAUGGUACUAACGUGCUAGGCCUGCUGAUUGACACGUUGCUCAAAGAUGGAUUUCGCCUCAUAAGCACCAGGACAGUUUCCAGUGACGAAAAAGUGGAAUGCUACAGUUUUGAAAGAACACAGAGGCCUGUAAGCCUUAGCAUCGCUGCAAACCAACACCCAGAGAGCUCUGGGACAGUGCAGGCGAGGGGAAGCCGAGUGCAGAAGGGGAAAUAAUGCAUUUUCCUAUACUCCCGUGAAGGUGGAAGAGGUGGUGUGUGCCAGCACCAGUGGCCUUUUGUUUCUUUGUUUGUUUGCUCAUUUGAAACUGCGGCUAUUGAGGGAAGUAACAAACAAACAACUUGUUAAAAAAGGAGGCGGAAAAAAAAAUGCUUUCCUGCCUUUCCCUGCUCCACCCUCUUUAAUUCUAAAUAAAAGAAGCACAGAUUCAA